CUACUGCAAAGAUGGUUAAAAAGAAAAGCGGAAGGACUCUUAACCCUGCCGAUGCUCAUCGUAUGAAUUUUAUUAUUUCUGAACGCAAGGCGAUGCGCCAAAAAGAAAUCAAAAAGAAUAAAAUGGAAAGAAAAAGAGUAAGAACUCUUGUUAUGGUACAUAAAGAUACAUCGAAACUUGAAGAAGAGAUAUCACGAUAUAAAGCACUUGAUAAAGAAAAAAGGCUUGAUAAAAAUGGCAAAGCCAAAUUAAAAGAUUUAGAGGAUAAACUUUCAAAAAUAUUGGACACAAAAAAGGCACAUGGCGUCAGCUUACAAAGGAGUAAACCAAAAGAUCAUACCCCAGUAUAUUUCCAUCCAUCAUUAAAUCCUUCUGGAGCGUUACCGCCAAGUGUCAAUAAUG